AUGGCAGACUUCACCGAAUAUGGCGCUGUUGCGCAAGAAUGGCUUGCCGUGAAAGAUAGCAGGCCCGCUAUCCCUUCCACGCUAGAUCUCAAAGAAAUGCAGCGCCUGACCAACAUGUACAGAGAACAGUUGGCUCAGAGUGAGUUGCAGAAACUAACUGGCCCUCUUGCGCAUAUGAAAGACUACACCGUCACUGCAAGAGACGGAUUCGCUCUCGAGGUACGAACUUACAGGCCUGUUUCAGCAACUGACAAGGCUCGUCUGCCGAUUUACAUCCACCUCCACGGCGGCGGUUACGUUUUUGGUAACAUUGCGAGCGAGGAUGCCAUUUGCACUGCCAUCGCCGUAGGAGCCAAUGUCAUCGUCGUUAAUCUGAACUACCGACACGCGCCCGACUACGCCUACCCCACAGCCUGGGAGGAUACCGAAGAUGCUUUUCACUGGGUGCACGACCACAUCGAUGACAUUUUGGGAGUCCCCAGUCAAGUGGUCAUUGGCGGUAUAUCUGCUGGUGCUCAGCUCGCAGCUGCUCUGACGCUGAGGCAAAAUAUCUCGCCGGAUGGGCUCUCACGACCUAAGCUUGCUGGCCAAGUCUUGAUGAUUCCUCCAUUGGUUCAUCCCAAGUGCUACGACCACGUACUUGCUCAGAUGAAGGACCCAUCACUUUCAUCAUAUGUACAGAAUGCAGAUGCUCCUAUGAUCAACAAGGCAGCACUAGAGAAGUUCUCAAGCUUACUGAAGGUCGAGAACCCAGAUCCUAAAGAUGUUCAAUUGAAUAUCGGCCUUGCGACUAAUGAGCAGGUGAAGGGCCUUCCGCCUACGGUACUCGGAAUCGCUGGUUUGGAUCCCUUGAGAGAUGAGAGUCUUCUUUACGGCAUGAAGCUUGUUGAGACAAGGGUACCUACGGAUGUUCAUGUCUUCAGUGGUCUCCCUCAUGGGUUCCGCCGGUUCGGAGAUCAACUGACUGAGAGCAAGAGAUGGGAUGCUGUGAUGGAGAACGGAAUUAAAUGGGCUCUCUCCAACCCUGCACCAUCUGAAAAGUUCGAGAUCAAGCUUGAAUAG